UUAGUUUCCAGGUUUCUGUUGGUGGGCUCUGGAAUUUGUAUCCCUGAAUGACGAACUGGUAUCGCAAGAUCGUACUCUCAGUGCGAACAUCACGGGCAAAACAUCUUUCCUGACUAGCUCAUGCAGCCAUCUUCUGACUGUUAGAAAUGGAAAACUCAACUUUCAAUGACAGUUUCUUUGAGACGACUGAAGCACCUUUUCUUGUAUAUUCGUCCUACUCUAUGAGGCAAAUCAUUGCCGCUAUGUGCACCACUACAGCUAUCGUAGGACUUAUUGGUAAUGCACUGGUCAUUAUAGCUGUUCGAUUGUCCAAGAAACUCCGUACAGUCACCAACGUAUUCGUUAUCAACCUCAGCAUCAGUGAUUUGAUAUCAUGCGUCUGUCUACCUUGGGAGGUGGUGGCUGUGUUGGGCGAAGAUGGCUGGCCGCUCCCACAAGCCGAGUGGCUGUGUGCGGUGACAAGUAUCUUCAUCAUUAUCAGCACGGGAUGUAGCGUGACGAACUUGGCCCUCAUAGCUUUGAAUCGAUGGGUACGUAUCACUAAGUCGCCAGUCCUUGCUCGUCGCAUCUACGCUCGUCGUAACAUCAUCUUCAUGGUGAUAUUUUCCUGGCUAAUGCCGCUGUGUGUUACGUUGAUUCCCCCACUGACUGGUUUUGGCGAACUUGGCUACGAACCUCGCUAUAGUAGCUGCUCCUGGGUCAAAGCAAACCCUUAUUCCUCUCAUCACAGCGUUAUUGUGGGAGUUUUCUACUUUCCCAUCCCACUCAUCACGAUCGGGUUCUGUUACGGCUCUAUCUUCCGUUACGUGGUCAAGACUUCUCGCCGUAUGGCUCAACAUGAAGUCAACUCAGUCUCAGGCCUGGUAAGCGCCUCGGACUCGUCCAUGCGUAAGAAUCUAUGGAAGAGACAGGUUAAAGUUACCAAAAACCUUGUGUAUGUGGUUGCUGCGUUUGUGAUUUGUUCGACUCUCUUCAUCUUUUCUUUUCUGCCGCUUGGAUAUGACUGGAGCAUUCGAAUGACUCCUUACGCAAUCGCCAUCGUGUACUUUAACUGUAUCACUGAUCCUAUUAUCUACGCGACGUCACAUCCAGAUUUCAAGGAAGCAUUCGGCUAUAUGAUUCGAUGUCGAUGGAAAGAUAUUCCUCAAUCUAGCGCCAGUUCAAGGUUAUCGAAAUAGUAACCGAACAAUGAAAGCACUGGUCUUUUUGGCAUAGAUACAAAGACAUGGGUUGCAGAUUUGCAGGCUUUAAAUGUGGCUGAUCCUUUUUAAUGUUUUAGUGGAAUGAUAUUUAAAUAAAACUUUGUUAGAAUGUUUAAGAGUUAGUGAUACGGAUGAAAGUCAAGAAACUAGCAGGUGUAGGCAAGUGUAAUCGUUGUUCCUGUUUGAUUGAAUGAAUUGUAUGUUCUCCUGUUUGAAGUUUCAUUUCAUCUGCCUCUUACCACAAUUGAAAAUACUUCGAAACUUUAUUUUUUCAAAUGUAAUGCCUUAAGGUGGCCGUUGUCAAUAGAAAUAAAGUGACUUAUUUCUUGUAGUUGAAUAAUAUAUUCGGAAAUAGA